CCGGUUGUGGCCCUUGGCUGCAAAUUGGGACUUGUACGCUUCUGCAUGGUGACGAGUGGCCUCGACCUCUUCCACCGAUGGCCCAGAUAUACCCUCGAUCGUGUUCUUCCUCUUCGUAUUCGCGGCUGGGAUCUGGGGCAGGUCGGUGGCGGUGUCGCCAGCUUCGGCGUUUGCUGCACCGUUCGGCGGAGCAGCAACGGCACCUUCAGGCUUUUCUGCUGGUCUCUCAGGAGGCGGCAUAGGUGUCUUGGGCUCUUCUUCCACUUCUUGUACUUCGAACUUGGUCGAGUCUUCAGGGGGCGGCCGAGGCGUUGGUGGUGUAGAGUCGACUUUUGGAGACUGAUCCUCAACCUUGGCGGGUGCAGCUGCAGGUGCAGCUGCGUCCUCUUCCUUCGCUCUCGUCAUUCCUUCAAUUGUUGGGGCAGACGCUUCCGGGGUCUCCGGGAUCUCGUCCGGCUUCGCUGUGCUCGAGGUGUCUCGGGCCUUGGACGGCUCGUCCUGCGGUAUCACCUCCGCUUGGGCGGUCGGCACCCCUUCGGAAGGCGCAUCUUCGGGAGGGACGUAGGUGCGGAUCGGCAGACCGAAGUCGUCCACCGCUGGUGUGUGUUUUGGGGCCGCCAUCAGGCUGGGCUGCUGCGUCAUUGAGACCGCAUGGAGUCGUGGGUUGUUUGGUGCAACUUCGCUCGUUGCAGGCGGCGGGAGCCUUGGUGCAGUGCUUCGGCUGCCGUGAGCACUAGGGGAAGGUUUCGGAAAUGUCGCAGGGAUUCAGCGGUAUGCAGGACCGCGCAACACCCAGCGACGGCAGAUUACAGUCAGAUCGGGGGCCGUUGCUGCGGGGGAAGAGAGG